CGGGGCGGACCUCGCUGCUCUCCGGGUUUCUGCAGCUUUAUGUCUCCUUUGGCAGCCCGGGAGCCCUCCCGUGGCAGGGGCGCCGCGGAGGCACCUUUGCCUUCCCGAAAGGGUAGAAAGUAACUUCAGACUUUCUCCAGCUCCCCGGUGCCUUUAGGAGUGUGUUGUCUGUGCACCCGCCUUCCAGAGGGGGAAAACCCCCCAAAACAAACCCAAAGCAAAACAACAAAAAACUUAGGAUACUUAUUUCUGAAACACAUCCCCGAACUGGGAUUCUCAGUCUGAUGGUUUUAGAUUAUUGUUGAUACUUCUGCUUUCGGUAUUUUUCUUUUGUUGUUUUUAGCAUUGCAGUUCCUUUCCCUUGAAGUUUAGUCCCGAAUGAGAUGAGAAUGAAACUUGGAAAAAAGAGAGGAAACAGUCCUCGAUCAUUGGUGGAAAAUCCCUGUCUUGUGAAUUUGUUCUAAGGGUAAAAGGCAAAAUGCAACUGUUGUGACCAAGAGUGAGAUUUGAAGAGCCAUAUUAAAAGGGAAGAGAAAAAACCCAUGCUUUUUUUUUUUCUUUUUAAGUAUUUAAGUUUUUGAAGUAACAGUCAUAUUUAAGCAGGAAUCUGGUCAGUGCAGUUUUGUCCUGCAAAAAUACAGUGUUUUAAGGAGCAAUCUUAACCCUGGUAUGAUCUGUACUUGCAAGAUUUUCCGAUACUGCUUUCAGGAAGAAAGGAAGAAAACUCAUUUUUAUUAGAGCUGAAACUGUGGCAGUGUGUAAUUCACCUUUAUGUGGUUGGGCUUUGAGAGCACAGAGAAUUGCCAAUGAUAUGAGCCCUGAAUUUCACUGAGCUCUGCUAUGGUUACAGUGCUAUGAAUGAAGAAACAACAUCCCCUCGGUGAGGGACCAUCAUGUUCGCUGAAGGUGCAGCUGAGCCCUCCCCGGCACUCUGCUAUGCCGAUGUCCUUGGUCUGAAUGCAACUCGUGAGUCCUGUGCCUGAGCAGAGGAACAGGCCUCAGCCAAGUCAGGCUGACUUCAGCUGUAGUGUAGAAAACCAAUUUAUUUUGUUUUCUGGUGUAUGGUGAAUAGAGCUGGCCUGUAGAAGGAAAAGGGAGACCAGGACUGUGGCACUGGUUUCCUUUUAAGUGGCUACGGGGUGAUUUUACCCCCAUUGCGCAGGUGGGGCUGGCUGAAGCGAACAGCCCUGUGGAGGCAGGGUGUGGUGAGUGAUCUCUUGGAUAUGCUCAGCCAACUGGAUUUACUUUGGACUAGAUAGGGCACAGGUUUGAACAGCAUGUUGUAAGGAGCAGUGUUGCUGGGGAUGAUGACGCCUAACUGGAUCCUUGCCAUCAGUUCCUGCUCCUGUUGCCGCAGAAUUUUUGCUGGUGAUUUCAACAGGAAUGGGCCAGUUCUCCACAUCCUCACUGUAGACCUUAGCUAUUAGAAAAGCAUGAUGAUCAUGCUGUCUGGCUGAUGGCUUUGGCUGCUCUUUCUUAUAUUGGAUGUUCUGUUGCUCUGCCUUUGUGUAUAUUCCAUUUUGGGAGGAAGAAUAGGAUACUAAUACCAGGCUGUAGUGAGCAGCCUGGCUGAGAGGUAAGCUUGGUUCUGCUUUGCCCUUUGAAACCUUGUGACUGGAGCCCUGUUACAUGCGGCCAACUCCUCUCCUUAUCAGCAGCUUGCUGUAGUUGCGUGACAGUGGUGGCUUGUAGGGGAAAAAAAAUGGAGGCUGUUUGUCCUUUUUAUAAAGAAUAUGUUUUUCCCAUGUAAUUCUCUCACAGCUUUAUACUCGAGCUCUUUUCAGUGGGACAGGCAGGUCAAAUUCUUUGUCCCAGAAGAGAUAUUAGGAGGAUGUGAUGGUUUGCAGUUGACGAUGUCACACUACCCAUCUUCUGUGAGGUUUUUCUCUACCCUUUCCCAGCUUUUUUAAAAAUUAGGUAGAAUAUUUUUCUUGUAUUGGCAAAUGUGAACAUACUUGUCCUUGCUGCUACCGAGAUGCAGAGGUGUUUCAGAGGAAGAGAACAGAGCAAAAUUAUUAACAGAAAAUCAUUCUCAACAGUGUCAAUUCAGAGAAAUGAGAAACUGGAGGGAAGAGAGGACACUUCCAGAUAUGUCUGGAAUGUGAAGGUUGUUUGCUGGAACGUCUACUAGAAUGAAGAUUUUUGGCACAGAUUUUGCCACCUCAGCACAAAGUUGAUCUUUCCAGGUCUGCAUGUGUUUAUUUAAUGUGACAUCUCUUGUGUAGCACAGCGUAUGGCAGUCGCAAAAGAAAAAUCCCAGCUCAGCGAGUAUCAGUCAGCAUGGAUGAAUCAAAGGGAUGGUUUGUUAGCUGAGGGUGGGAUGAUCCCUUUACCCCUCAGAAGACCUGGGAAGAGUCUCAGCCUCUGAAGAGAAAGAAGAGUCUGUGGCUGACAGUCUCGAGCAGUUUGUGGGGAAGGCACUACUGAACGCUAAAGGCUCAACAGAUGACACAGGAAGGCAGGAUAUUCCAGUCCAUGAUGUCUGUGAUGAGAUUCUCCGUGUUUGACAACAUCACACGUUCGACUGCCCUGGUGACAGCACUGGAUAAUGUGACAACUUUGUCCCCAACAACAACGCAGGCAGUCAACGACACCAACAUCACUGUGCCACACAAGUGCCUGCUGUUGCUCUAUGAGGACAUUGGGAAGUCCAGAGUCCGCUACUGGGAUCUUCUGCUCCUGGUUCCCAAUGUGCUUUUCUUUAUGUUUCUUCUCUGGAAGCUGCCCUCUGCCAGGGCCAAAAUCCGGGUCACUUCCAGCCCAAUCUUCACUACAUUCUACAUACUAGUAUUUGUGGUGGCUUUAGUUGGCAUCGCCCGUGCUGUUGUCUCCAUGACUGUGAGCGCCUCUGAUGCGGCCACAGUUGCUGAUAAGAUCCUGUGGGAGAUCACAAGGUUCUUCCUUCUGGCGAUUGAACUGAGUGUGGUGAUUCUAGGCCUUGCCUUUGGUCACCUGGAGAGCAAGUCGAGUGUGAAACGUGUUCUAGCAAUCACUACAGUGCUGUCUCUGGCAUAUUCUGUCACCCAGGGCACCCUGGAAAUCCUGUACCCUGAUGCCCACCUCUCAGCAGAAGACUUCAACAUCUAUGGCCACGGAGGGAGACACUUUUGGCUUGCUAGCUCUUGUUUCUUCUUUCUGGUCUAUUCCUUGGUGGUGAUUCUUCCAAAAACUCCUCUGAAAGACCGGAUUUCUUUGCCCUCCAGGAAGAGUUUUUAUAUUUAUGCUGGAAUCCUGGCGCUGCUGAACCUGGUGCAGGGCCUGGGCAGUGCCCUCCUGUGUGUGGAUAUCAUAGAAGGACUGUGCUGUGUUGAUGCUACCACGUUCCUUUACUUCAGCUUCUUUGCACCUCUCAUCUAUGUGGCGUUCCUGAAAGGUUUCUUUGGGUCUGAACCGAAGAUCCUUUUCUCCUACAAAUGUCAAGUGGACGAACCUGAGGAUGUGGAUGUGCACCUACCCCACCCUUAUGCCGUUGCCAAGAAGGAAGGAAUGGAUUCUGGGUUCUACUCGAGCACUCAGAUUGACACCACAGCCUACCUGGAUGACGUGGCCUCUAUGCCGUAUCAUGUGGGCAGCAUCAACAGCAUAGAUAGUGACCGCUGGAAAGCCAUCAAUGCCUAAUGCAGGGCUACCCGCCUCAUAUGAUGCCUCAUUCCUUUCCUUCCAAACUCCCUGAUACCACAGCUGUUAGGAUGUGCAUUGGAAAUCUGUCCUUGGCUAUCUGCCAUGGUUUUCCUCUCUUCCUUAGGAUUUCCAAAACCUAUUGUGGAACUAAGUUGGCAGCCCAAAUCCUGUUGGAAAGAACAUUUUCUGUCGCUGAGAACAAUGUAGAACAGUUUUGUUCAUAAACUUAUAAACACUGAAUCUUCCUGAUCCUCCGUGUUCCAGAUGUGAAUAUGACCCAGAAAACAGGCCUGACUGGCACCUCUUCCUUUUCAAUGACUGAAAGCACUUGUCUCCCAAUUAGGGGAAUGGUGUUUAGGGAUGAGGGUGUUGAUUUGACUGCUGUAUUCUACAUACGUAGAAAGAGUUUGGUGGUUGAAACCAAAGAUGGUCUUCCUGGGCUUUUUCAAGGAAUGGUUGCCUGGGUCUUGUCAUAGUACCACAGCCUAGGUGGUGAUAGCAGUGUCUGAAGAGGGAAGCUGGUCAGCUGGGCUUGUCUCUGGUUUCAGCUAAUACCGAUGGAAAUCGUGAAUUGCAGUUGCUAGGGGUUAAAAGGAGUGUUCUGAGUGUGUAGGAAGAAGAGAGGUAUGAAGAAGAAUGAACCGUUCUUUGUGCCCUGGGAGCAUUUUGGGGGGCACUGGCUAGUAGCUAGCAGCGUGGAUGUGACUGACUGAACCAUAGGGAGACAGAAGGACAGACAGUGCUGCUGUCUAGCUGAGCUGAAGGAGCUGUGAAACAGCCUAUGGAGGCUGUACUACUGUGCAUCUGAGCUCACAGGAAAAUCGAGGUAACAACAGUGAAUCAGGGCUGAGUUUCAAGAAUGAAACCUGUGAGGAAGGUGUAUUUUCCAUUUGCAGCCCACUUCGUGGCCCUGGCAGGGUCUUGGAGAAUGCUGUGAAGGAGGAAGCUGACUCUGCAGAUGAAGGCUCCAGAGGUGACCAGGUGCUUGAGGCAGAGCAGAAGUCCAUGAUGAGUCCGAGCUGUCAGUAUUUAGUGACUGGAAACUCCCAAACACCAUAGGCAUGCUAGAAUGACGUUGGCUGGUGUUCUAAGUUGGGAGGCAAGUGGGAGAUAGAUGUGUUUCUCUGGCAGUGUCCUUCUCUUAGGUUGCAGUUCAGAUCCCCAGACUUCUGCUGGUCUGAAUAGGUUUUAUGGCUCAAUCUGUUGAAAAUACUUAUGUGCAUGUGGAGUGUGGUUCUUUUAAAAACUGUCUGGAACUUCUUAUUAACCUCUUCCGUGCUGGAAAAGGGACUACUGCUGUCUGAGCUGUCUGGCACGCAGUUUCAAGACAUUGUGUUCCAAACCAGGGACUGUUCAGCUGAAAGCUGAAUCAGGCUGGUUUCUGGGACAUCCUGUGCUCUCCAGGGUUGAAGAGGUACAUUCCUCUAGCUUUGGGGGUGCUUUCCUACCUGAGUCCUCCAGGUAGGUGGAGAUCUGCUAUAAGCAAUAGCAACUUUCCAUUAGAGAUGGUAGAAAGAAGGAAUUUGAAACAUUUGGGGAUUGUGCAUGUCUCUUGCCCCAACUCACUGCUCUUUCUGAAGAAUACUGAGGUAAGAUUUUUCUGGGAAAUUGUCAUGCAGGGUGCAGUGUGAAGGUGUUAGUUUGGAUUGUGGGCAGGUAGGGGAAAGCAUUUGCUACCAGGUGUUCCCACCAUAGGGAAAGUAAGUUUGGUUAAGAACAUGAAGUUCGUAUUGGUUGCCAAAACUAUGCAGGCCCUUUGCUUACCGUUUUUUGUUAAUGAGCAAUGCAGCCUCUCCAUUCUGCCUGUGGACUUUGCCCUGCAGGCCUCUAAGUAGCACUGGCACCUUGAUAACAAACCAACCCCCUCCUUUUUUUUUUUUUUUUUUUAAAUUUACUUUUGAGGAAAAAAGGCUUCUGUUUGUGUGAGAGCUGAAUUGUUUCAUGUAGGUCAACAGCCUUUCACAUUUCCUCUCCAUGUGAUGACUCUGUAAGGGCUGGAUGAGCAACUGGCCAAGUCAGCCCUUGCCACGUUAGAGAAGUAUUCAAUGCACCUUCCGUCACUUGCUGUUAAUCAGCCUGAGCCACGCUUGCUUGCUUACUCUAAAAGGGAUGGAUGAUGUGGUGCCUGAAUUGACUGCUGCUGCUCCUAAUGCUGCUUUACAGCACUGAUCCCGAGCUGCUGUUGGAAAGUGUGGGGAAACCUGCAAAGCUUCCCUGGAGUUGAUGGGCCUUGGAGAUAUGAAGGUCUUAAAGCAGUUGAGAAAUAAAGGGGCAACUGCUUUUCCGUCCCAAGGAGUAUUUGCUGACUCAGCACCCUGACCGAAAGGACUUACCUGUCCUCCUUGGUGAUGUGAAGAGCAGGCUAUGAAUUCACCUAUUUAUCAGCUGAAUUCAGUGCUGAAGGAUCACCUGUGCAGGUGGUCGACAUGUCCAUCCUGUCCUUUGCUGGCAGGACUCCAGUAUUUCUGGAGUGUCCUAUGUUCUGCUGCUGAGGAGCUUCUGCGCUAGGUCAUAGAUUGACCUUCCUCCUGUUGUAUUUUUAUGUAUAUAUAAUGCUUUGGGCCAUAUUCACAACGGUCCUUGAGCAGAAGUGUGUUAUGUGUGUGUGAGGGAUGUGAAGAGAGAAAAUAUAGAAUAAAUGUAUAUUUUUGUUUGUAAAAUAAAGAAAUAAAAUUAAGUUUGGCAUAAA